UUGUAUUUUAAGUASAAAGGCGUAUAUCUACAAUAUUGAACUGAUUCGAUUGAACUUCUUUUCCGUGUAUUGAAAUCUAACUACUUAGCACUAAUUAUUGUAUUCAAAAGUUCGUUGUAGUUGGUUAAAAUGUGUAGAUCUGUCCUCCUAUGGUAUACUAUUUUGAGUUUCAACGUCUUGUCGKUGCAUGCCAUCGAAGUGACAUUCCAUGAUGGUGGAUACUUCAGCUACAGCCUCAAAGACGAGCCYAUUCCAGUWGAUAAAAAYGUUAUUUAUCUUCGYUUYAAGACGAUCCACCCAUCUGGGUUGCUGCUGUAUUGCAGGGGUGCUGUGGACUAUAUCCAGCUAGAGUUAGUCAACGGUGUUCUAAGGUACACGCUUCGUAUUGGACAUGGGGAAAAAAUAAGUUUAGAAGCCGGCAACAACUUGUUCAACGAUGAAUGGCAUACUGUUGUGGUACAAAGACGACGAAGAAUCACAACACUCAAAGUUGAUUCCCAGUCUCCCGCCACUAAGAUUCUCGCAGGGCCUCAUGGGCGCAUCCGCCUUAACGGCUAUGUGUUUGUGGGAGGAAUGAAUAACAUGAAGAACCUAGGGAUCAAUACUCAGCAYUUUCGCGGAUGCCUCGCAGAUUUACGAGUCGAUGGUAUAGAAUUAUUAAAAGGAGCGCAACGUGCCCUYGCGAGGCUCCCACGAAAUWCGCUUUAUGAUGUGUAUGGACAURUACCAUUUAAAUGUGAAAUGRAGAAUCUUCGUCCUGUGACAUUUAAAACGCCUCAGUCAUUUAUCAAAGUGAAAUUACCUAAACGGCCUUACGAGAAUGACUCGUUUACAGUGAGCUUCAAAUUCCGUACGUUUUAUCCCUAUGGGCUUUUGUUCUCUCGCAGCGCUGUUAAAGUCAAGAUGAAAAUCCGACUCCAAGAUGGGACAUUGAUUUACGAAGUCAUGCCUCAUAACGGCUCUAAACACCAGAUYGUAAUGGGAAAACGUUUAAAUGACGGGGAGUGGCAUGACGUCACUGCGUURAUUUCSACACAGAAGGUUAGCCUCACUCUAGACGAAUACACAAGAUCCCUGAUGCUAAAUAUGUCUUCAUUGCUKGUGAGUUUCUCGAAUCAAUCGCGAAUGAAGGUUUUCGCAGGGCGUGGCGGUUCYUUGUCUAGGUUUCCAGGGUUUGUGGGWUGCAUGGCGAAUCUUAACAUAGAUGAUCUAAACAUUGCACUCAAGSUUAUGAUCAAACCGCGGUUCUCGCAGAGGGUCGACGGGACAAAGUGUUCAAUGAGAGACAAGUGUAACCCUAAUCCUUGUCUAAACGGAGGAACGUGUCGGCAGGACUGGAAGACRUUUUAUUGCAAUUGUCUGGGUACUUAUUUCAAAGGACUGACUUGCGAAGURCCAGUUUUGAAAUCAACCUGCGAGGAUUACAGACUCCUAGGUUUGACUAAAGAUGCWCAUUGCUUACUACACACGGGGACAAGCAACUCCAAAGACAGGUUCACGGCGCUUUGUAACGUUACCGASCCUAAGAGAGCAUACACUGUCAUAAAGCACAACCUUGAAAUAGGCAGACCCGUAAGAGCACAAGAUGGCGAACAAAUCAAUGAACGGUAUUAUGUACAUAAAGUGAACUAUCAUAAUAUCCAGGAAAGAAAAAUUGCAGCUCUYAUUCGACACAGUAAAGUAUGCCGGCAGUACAUUAGCCUGGACUGUGUAMAUUCCAUUCAGAUGAAUUCUUUGAACAGUUYUGCGCAUGUGUUCUGGACGUCGCUUAACAACCACAAGUACAAUAUUUGGGAUACAGUAUUCAAUAACAGUAGAAUAUGUGSUUGCGAGAYGAGCAAUAUAACUCAAUGCACGGUUAACCAAAUCAAAUCUAACUGCAGCUGUGCUAACAAGGGGACUAUUUUGAUAGGUGGUAAGGGGUACAUAGACAUUAUUCACCAACUUCCAGUGACAAAAAUUAUGUUURAUAAAGCUACUGUUAAUAUCAACUCAAGUUUACAGCUUGGUCCGCUUGAGUGUUGGGGGAAAGUCGUCAAAGAAUCGAACCAACAUGAGGAAGACUUUGAUCUAAUUAACAAGGCCUGUUAUCCUGUAUUUGAUCUGCAGGUCUCACCGUUAGCCACGAAGAUGACUACUGCAGGUUUGACGACAGCGAAGCGUUGCCGUACUAGUCAGUCUUGCUUCAAUCCAACGUUUCCUACYGAUCCUACCGGACCUAUCMAAUGGACAAACCCAACAACAAYCGAGAACGAAGAGACCGAARAGAACAGCGAUGGACCUGAUGUUCAAUCUCAAGAGUCUAACAAAAACUCACUACUUCGUGCCCCUGCCGUUCUCGUCAUUAUCGGGGUAUUGUUGGUUAACAUACCAAUGAUUCAACUGGUAUUACAUUGAAAAAAUAGUCAUUGAUGAAACUGUUAGUUUGAUCGUUGAGAUGGGAUUAUCUCAACAUAUAUGUAUUGCUAUACAACAUAAGAUAUCUCAUCAAACGUUUUAAGGCCCAUAU